GGGGUGCUCGGGGAAGCGCUGCCCUCGCCGGCGGGGGGCGGGGCCGAAACGCGCGGGGGCCCUCAGUGUCGCGCUAAAGCGCCGAGCUUGCCGGCACUGGGGGAAACGACAGUCCCAGAAUCCCCCGCGGCAGGCCCAGAACCCGGCGGCGGCGGUAGCUCCGCCCCGCUCCAGGCGAGGAGGGCGGAACCCGGGGCGGGUAGCUCCCGGGCGAAAGGGACGGGCAGGCUCUGUGCUGCUGGCCUCCUCCGGAAGGGCAGGCUCCGGGCCCGACGCGGGGUUUCUGAGCGUUGCGCGCAGGCCGGAGCGUUUGCCCGUGGGAGGAGUGGGAGGCGUGGUCUCCCGGGCUGUGAUGGGCCGGGCCCACCCGGGACCCGGCGGCCUCUGUGCCUCGGUCUGUGCGGAGCUCUGCGUGUUACUGUCACCCAGUCCGCUAGUGACCCUUUCCGGGCACCGUUGGCGGCCCGUGCUGGGCGGGUCUGAUCCUGGCGGUGUUAACUGCUGCUGGUGCGCGAGGCCCAGUCACGUGUCCGGUGAGGACCACUGACCGGCUGGCUGAGCGAGCGCCGGGGCCACUGUGGAGCCACCCACUGGCCGCGGUGCAUUGCUCUGACGCGCAGGGGUGCUCUCACAGGAGCGUGAAGAGGACCAGAUCAGCACAGUGCAGAGAGCACGGUAGUAGUCCCCGCACUGCCAGCCUCCGUCUCUUUCAGCUGGGACGGUGCCGGAGCGUGAAGGAGUUUGAGAAGCUGAACCGCAUCGGGGAAGGCACCUAUGGCAUUGUGUAUCGGGCCCGGGAUACCCAGACGGAUGAGAUUGUCGCCCUGAAAAAGGUGCGGAUGGACAAGGAGAAGGAUGGGGUCCCCAUCAGCAGCCUUCGAGAGAUUACACUGCUCCUUCGCCUUCGCCAUCCAAAUAUCGUGGAGCUGAAGGAGGUGGUUGUGGGGAACCACCUGGAGAGCAUCUUCCUGGUGAUGGGUUACUGUGAGCAAGACUUGGCCAGCCUUCUGGAAAACAUGCCAACACCCUUCUCUGAGGCCCAGGUCAAGUGCAUUGUGCUUCAGGUGCUCAGGGGCCUCCAGUACCUGCACCGGAACUUCAUCAUCCACAGGGACCUGAAGGUCUCCAACCUGCUCAUGACCGACAAGGGCUGUGUGAAGACAGCGGAUUUUGGCCUGGCCCGGGCCUAUGGCGUUCCAGUGAAGCCAAUGACUCCCAAGGUGGUCACUCUUUGGUACCGAGCCCCUGAACUGCUAUUGGGAACCACCACGCAGACCACCAGCAUCGACAUGUGCACAGGUGUGUGGCGGAGCGAGCAGCUGAGUCAGGCGCAGCCUGCGCUCCUCUGCAGGGCCGUGGGCUGCAUCCUGGCUGAGCUGCUGGCCCACAAGCCCCUGCUCCCUGGCACUUCCGAGAUCCACCAGGUGGACCUGAUCGUCCAGCUGCUGGGGACACCUAGUGAGAACAUCUGGCCGGGCUUCUCCAAGCUGCCGCUCGUGAGCCAGUACAGCCUGCGGAAGCAGCCCUACAACAACCUCAAGCACAGGUUCCCGUGGCUCUCAGAGGCCGGCCUGCGCCUGCUCAACCUCCUCUUCAUGUACGACCCUAGGAAAAGGGCGACGGCGGGGGACUGCCUGGAGAGCUCCUACUUCAAGGAGAAGCCCCUGCGUGAGUCCCCCAGACCACCCAGGCUCUGCUCUGUGGGGUACAGGGCUGGCGGCCCCUUCUGUCCCAGGUGGUUAUGUUGGGGUCUGGCCUUGCGUAGCUGCUCAAGCCCCUGCAGGCGGUGUGGCGGGCUCCCAUGCACACCCCUCGGGGAGGGUGUGGGCCCUGGGCAGGCAGGGGCUGUGCACUGAGGCUGGUGGGGGUGCUGGGGCCGCACAGACUGUCUGUGGGAUCAGAGGAGGGGAGCAGGGGGGUGCUGUUCAGACCCGAAGCGCUCCCAGCCUGAGGCUCUCCCGUGCCCUGGGAGGCCCUCCCCAACCCAGUGCUGAGCAGCCCCCUCCCUGCAGCCUGCGAGCCGGAGCUCAUGCCCACCUUCCCCCACCACCGCAACAAGCGGGCCCCAGCCGCAGCCUCGGGCCAGAGCAAGCGCAGCAAGCCCUGACGGCUGGCGUCUGCAAGGCCUGCAGUCCAGGUCAGCCGUGCUCCUUUCCAGCAUGUCCGUGCCAGGACCCACCAGCUGCUCCAGCCAGCUGCCCCGCUUCCUGCCACUGCCCCAGAAGAGCGAGUGUCGACGUGGGGUGAGAGUGGGUACACCCCAAGGGCCAGGACACCUUGAGGCAGCCCCACCCAGGCUGUGGUGGCGCCACCUGCUGGCCAUGCUGGGUCCUACCACUUGCCAAGCUCACUUCCCAGCAAGAAACUCCCACUGGCCCAUCUCCGUGGGUGUCACUGGUUUGGGACCAGCAGAUCCUCUAUGGCCAGUUGUGUUCCCUCUUGGUCACCAGAAGCUGCCCGGGGCAGGCAGUGGCUGUGGUAACCCCCAGGUGGGGCUGGCAGGACCUUGGGGUGGGAAGGAAGGAUUGGUGUGGGGUGAGCCAGCCUAGUGGGCUGGGCCCUGGGCCUGGACGCUCUGAGCCCAAUCAAGUCCCGUCCUGCUCCCACACUGAGGCCCCAGGGAAGGGGCAUGACUGGCAUGGGGCACAGAGAUAAAAGCUCUACUGACUGUCC